AGAAGAAUAUUGAAUUGGGUGAUGUUGGGGGUGCUGGUUGUAUGGGCAGGCAGACGUCGGCAAAAUGGGCUGAAAGGGAAGGUUCGUUGUUUUCUCCUUAAAAAGGAAAUGCUCUGUGAACAGUGUUUUUAAACUUUCAUCAUCAUCAUUUUGUGCAGGUGUGUGAGUUUACCGUUGUGCUGCAGUAAGGCCCCUUGCCGCCGCCAAACCCGGCAAAUGGUUAACUAUAGCAGGGAUAGUCCAGGGAACAGGCAGUUUGUGACCGCAGCGGAUUGUCAUCUGAGUAUUCAGAAAUAAUUGGAAUUGAAAGAGGAAAAAAUACCUGGAAACUGAUGGUCAGAGAAUCACAAAUCACACUGAGCCAAAAAAGCGUCCAUUGUUUUCUUCAGCUACAAAUAAAAUGAAUGUUCCCGUGCUGCUACAACAUCCUCACCGGUAUUUCCUAAAACGCCUUUUGAGAACACCUUUCCGAUGUUACCACUUCAUCUUUCACUCAAGUACUCAUCUCAGAUCAGGAAGCCCAUGGGCUCGGCCAUUUGAUUCUCUUAGACUCCAUUGUACAAAGUGGAUGCUGCUGUCAGAUGGUUUAAAGAGAAAAUUAUGUUUACAAACAACCUUAAAGAAACACACAGAAGGACUUUCUGAUAAAGAACAAAGAUUUGUGGAUAAACUUUAUACUGGUUUAAUCCAAGGACAAAGGGCCCACUUAGCAGAGGCCAUAACACUUAUAGAAUCAACUCACAGCAGAAAAAAAGAGUUAGCCCAGGUGCUUCUUCAGAAAGUCUUGGUCUAUCACAGAGAACAAGAACAGUUAAAUAAAGGCAAGCCACGAGCCUUUCGAGUGGGAUUGUCUGGGCCCCCGGGUGCUGGAAAAUCAACCUUUAUAGAAUAUUUUGGAAAAAUGCUUACUGAGAGAGGGCACAAAUUAUCUGUGCUAGCUGUGGACCCUUCUUCCUGUACUAGUGGUGGAUCAUUGUUGGGUGAUAAAACCCGAAUGACUGAGUUAUCAAGAGAUAUGAAUGCAUACAUCAGACCAUCUCCUGCUGGAGGUACUUUAGGAGGUGUGACAAGAACCACAAAUGAAGCUAUUCUGUUGUGUGAAGGAGGGGGAUAUGACAUCAUUCUGAUUGAAACUGUAGGUGUGGGUCAGUCGGAGUUUGCUGUUGCUGAUAUGGUUGACAUGUUUGUCUUACUGCUGCCACCAGCAGGAGGGGAUGAACUGCAGGGUAUCAAAAGAGGUAUAAUUGAGAUGGCAGAUCUGGUAGCUAUCACUAAAUCUGACGGGGACUUGGUUGUGCCAGCGCGGAGGAUACAGGCGGAGUACGUGAGCGCGCUGAAAUUACUCCGCAAGCGUUCAGAAGUCUGGAGACCAAAGGUAGUUCGUAUUUCUGCCAGAAGUGGAGAGGGGAUCACUGAAAUGUGGGAUAAAAUGAAAGAAUUCCGGGACUUAAUGCUUGCCAGUGGGGAGCUGAUUGCCAGACGACAGAAGCAGCAGAAAGUUUGGAUGUGGAAUCUCAUUCAGGAAAGUGUGUUAGAACAUUUCAGGACCCACCCCACAGUCCGGGAACAGAUUCCUCUUCUGGAAAGAAAGGUUCUGAGUGGAGCCCUGUCCCCAGGCCUAGCAGCAGACUUGUUGUUGAAAGCUUUUAAAACAAAGACUAAUGAAAUUCAUCCUAUACAAUAAUUUUGUAUAUCGUUUCGUGAAGUAUUUUAAUAUUAAAAGUCACUUGUGUGGUUAUAUUGUCAGUAAUGCUUUUGUCGCUCUCGGCCUCCUUAUUUGUGAACCAUGCUUGAAAACUCGAAGAAUGUUAGGUAUGGAUGGCCAAGGUCAGGCAGUCGGGCAGUGUUCAUAAGGUACCUGCUGUCUGUUAUGAUUUCCUUUUCUUCCUAUUCUUAAACCCAGGCACGGUGGGAUUGUUUCUUCUCAUCAGUCAGGAACAAAGAAAGCAGAGGAGGACAGUGGAAGAUCACAUACCUUAAAAUGCUUUUUUUGAUUCUAUAUUCUCUGGGAAUUUCAAGAGAAAACGUAAGCAAGAAUCACCACAUUUUUUGAAGUCUUACUUGAGGCCAGAAUAAUACACAGUGGGUUUCUAAGA